GUCAAAUGAGAUUGUAGAUAACUUUAUAAUUUACAAAAUACAGGCGCAAUUUUCUAAAUUAUUCAAGAAUGGAAAGUGAAGAGGAAUUGGUUUGUGGUGCAUACAAAAAACUUACAAUAAACGAUAAUAAUGAAGCACACUCAUUGCAAAGCGUGCAAAAAAAUCGCACAAUUAAACAGACUAAUGAUAACUUCAAACCAACAAUUAAACAGCCAAAUGAACAAAAGGAAGACUAUGGGCAAGAAACAGAUGACUCAGAUAAUGAUAUCCUUGUACAAAACUACAACAUGAAAUGCAAAACAAAUAAAGAAAACAUACGACUCUUAAACAGAGUGGAUAGAUUAGAGUCGGAGAAUUACGAAAAGCUAACCAGGCACAGCAAAGAAAAUAUUAAACCUGAAAAAUUAUUACACACUUUGUCCAUGCCAAAAAUUAAUGCUACGAGUCACCUAAUGAAAGAUAUGCAUACUUUAAAAAACAUUAAAUUGCCUAAAAUAGAAAAACUCGACGAUUUGACUCCUGUUUCCAAAGCUAAAAUAGCUUCGAAGAUAACCAGAAAACUCAACUUCAAACCAAACGAACAAAUAUUUAAAAAUCUCAUUUCUUUAAAUGUUUCAGAAAUAGAAGAACCCUUGCAUAAACAUAAAGUGAAUAUAAAACACGUAAAUAAUAAUAUUCAGGUGCUUGAACCAAAUUUAAGUUAUUACUUGGAUCCACUUCCUCCGCUUUCACCAGUAAAACCUUUUCCUGCAACACGACAGAGAAAAACAGAAGAACAAAAUCGUAAACAGCUUGGUUGCAUGGAGCUUCCCGGUGCACUUGAAUUAUAUAGACGCAUAUUUGAAAAGGAAGAAGAAACUAAUGUAUGCACUUUAAGUGAUCAUGAAUAACAAUUGUUUUUAUCCAG